GAAGAAAAUAAGUCCACGGAGUCUUGGAAUUUGAUUUGUAACAACACAAUUAUUCGUUUUUUGGUUGACAUUUCGAUUUUUGUGACAGAUAUGUCAAAUAUGUUCGCCAUUUUAUGAAAUUAUUAACUUAUCGAAGGAAAAAAAUUGAUUCAAAAUGGCGGAAAAAAAUUCGUCGGAGAAGUCGACUGAAGAAUAUUCGUGGGCUCUAAAAGGUAAUUUGUUAUUGAGCGAAGUGAACGAAAAAUGGACGGAAAAGAAGAAGCAACUGACACACGCGCAUGUUCGGACGAGGUUCGAAUCGAAAACUAUACAAAUCGACGAGAAUCACGUGAGAAUAAUGGCUUCUUUGGUACCAGACGAGAUCAUAUACAAUAUCGGGGAUUAUUCGAAACGAGAUAUGGACGCUUGUCUCUUAUUCGGGGACGUUUCCGGUUUCACGGAUCUGUGCGAAAAAUACAACAAAUCCGGCAAGGGCGGACCGUCGCGCUUAACCCAAGUUUUGAACUCUUAUAUCGGCGCGAUGGUGCAAGAAAUCCUUUCCCACAGCGGAGACGUACUGAAAUUUUCCGGAGACGCUUUCAUCGCCAUGUGGAAAGAAACCGAUCACCUGUCUUUGAGAGACGCCAUACACGAAACGUUAGAUUGCGCUUUGGUCAUACAAAAAACUUACGGCACGUACCAAACUGAUGUUGACGUUGUAGUUAGAGUUAAAUUAGCCGUGGCUUGCGGUCAUUUGAUGUUUUCUCUAUUAGGAGACGAUGGGAAUUCUCAUUAUUUAAUGAUCGGUCAACCGAUAGACGAUAUUAAAGCCGCCGAAUCGAAAAGUUCAGCUGGUGAAAUAGUAAUUAGUGCAAGAGUGUUACAUCAUACUAGCGCGAACGAAUAUCUCAUUGAUUUAUUACCAGAUGGUAUACAUGCAAAAGUUUUAGGUGUUGGACCGAAUUGGAGAAACAUCCAAAGGCAUUAUGAAAAAACCGAGCUAGUAGAAAUAUACAGUAUUUUGAGUAUACCUCAAGAAGAUGGAUUUGAAGAAGGCGAAAGAUUUACUAAUUUAUCCGAUAAGAGCAGUAUCGAAGAAGACGAUACGUCAGUUACUGUCAAACUUGUGAACGAUCAAUACGCUUUAAGACCUGCUGUAAAUCACGCCGUAAGGAUCAACAUUAUGCACGAGCUAAGAAGAUUUAUUAUAGCUCCGGUAAUGAAUGGAAUCGAUGCCGAGGAACCAAUCGAAUACCUUACGGAAAUACGACAAGUCUGUAUACUUUUUAUCAACAUCAAAGUUAACGAUAAACUAUCACCUUCAGAAGGAAUUGAUACCGCUAGCAAAAUUUAUCUGACGGUAUGCAAUACGGUCAAGUAUAAAAACGGUUGUGUAAAUAAGAUUAGUAAUUUUGAUAAAGACUUGAUGUUGCUGGCCAUAUUCGGACUUCGCGGGUUCAAACACGAAUUGGAAAGUCAGCUCGCCCUAAAAUGCGCAAUCGAAUGCUAUAACUCACUAACGUCUCUACCUAAUGUUAGAGGAGUUGCUGCCGGAGUUACUACUGGAAAAACUUAUUGCGGAGCUUUCGGGCAUACAUUGAGACGCGAAUACACCGUUAUCGGAUUGGUAGUGAACAAAGCGGCCAGAUUGAUGGUAGCCUAUCCGGAUAAAGUUACUUGUGAUAGAGAAACGUUUUUACAUAGCAAACUCGAAUCGAGAAAUUUCAUACUUCAAGAUUAUAAACCGUUAAAAGGUAUCGCGAAUCCGGGACCGAUAUACGAAUUUAAAGGGGUGCAAACAUUUCAUACGGCGUCUCACGUAGAAAAUCCGUAUCCUCUUUUGGGACGAGAACAAGAGAUUGAUCUGUAUUGGACAAUGUUGCAAAUGACGAAAAAAGCUUACGAACAUGGAAAAACAGAUCGAAUCAUCAACACUCUGAUUUACCAAGGUGUAUUUAGGCAAGGAAAAACGAGACUACUGGACGAAAUAAUGCACAUAACGUCGAAAUAUUUUCCUGUGAUAAAAAUUACCAUAUCGGCUUUCACUAUGGAAGUUUUCCGAAAAUACAGCGUGAUAAUUAUAGACGAUGGUCAAUAUAUAGACGAAGAAUCUUGUCUUCUAUUGAAUUUAUUGAUAAAUGAAAAUAUGGUGUUCGUAGUCGCUACAAUGGAUACGGAAACUUACCUUUCCGCAUUAACCAUACAGGUGCUCAGAAAUUCCAAGAUCAAAAUAGUUGAAUUGAAAGCUAUAGAUAAAUGGUACCAUGUCGGUUUGGCUUGUCAAAUGUUGAACGUCGACGGUAUCGCAGCGGAACUUGAAAAAACUAUACAGCAAAAAAGUAACGGAAAUCCCGGAUGGAUUGAGAGUUUUUUGGUGAGCUUGCUACAAUCCGGCGGGCUGCUUAUUAGAAAAAUCAAAAGAAUCAACGCUUAUAAUCUGGGUAUAGUCAUACCACCACUUUAUAUGACGAUGAGAUUAUCUAAAGAAGAAAUGAAUUUGUGGGUCGAAAUUAUGGAAGAAAGAAAAUUAACCGUCGAAGAUAAAAUGACAACAAGAUGGAAAAUGUUCAUAGAUAGUUGUAGGGAAAGCUAUCCGGAUUUAACGGUCGGUAAAGUAUUCCAUAAAAUGGUUAAAAAAAAUGACAAAAUUGUAAUAGGAACCGUGAAUAAAUCUUUUAAUUUAGAAGAUGUGGACGCCGAAUUGGCAAUCGACGUUAUUAUAUUGAAGAUAUUUGACGGUUUGACGUCGUACGAACAACUUUUAUUGAAAUGUAGCGCCGUUUUGGGCGACACUUUCCCGAGGGAUAUGCUACUAUACAUUAUGUCGUCUUCGGCGAUUCAAACUACCGCUUUAGCCGUCCAAAAACUGUUUGAAAUCCAUGUAUUAAGUUGCGCGAAAGGAGAUUUCAUAGAAGGCGGUUUGGAUUUUGAAAAACGCUUAGAAAAUCCCAAUAAAGAUAUGGAAGUUAGCUGUGAAUGCAAGGGGUUAUUGAUAGAUGAAUCGUGCAGAAAUCUACCGAAAUAUGCAUCUUGCGGUUAUCUACGAUUUCGGUCGUCAGAAUUCCGAGAAACUACUUAUAAUUUAUUAACAGAUAACCAGAAGAGGGAAUUCCACGAAAGAGCAAUUAGAUAUUUGGAAAAAGAAACUAGAAGAUGCAGAGCUUGUGGGAACGGUUACUUUGUUAGACAAAUAGGAGGGACAAGAGUAGAUAAUACAAUACGGAUAUAUUCGAAAAAAGAUAGAAAAUCCGUACUUCCCGAUAUUGCUAGUUUAAUGGACAAUUACGGAGCUUCCAAAAUAUUGCAGAGCUCGUCUUUAGUGAGCAUGGACAGUAUAACGUCGAAAAAAUCGAAAGACUUUCAGAGGAGUCAAAAAGAUACUUUGUCAGUAUUUUCGAGUUUAUCGAGCGGUCGGGAUUUUUUUAGUUUUGCCAAUUCAAGUAGAGGUAAUGAAAUGGGUUUGACAAUGAUAAGAAAGCUCAAAGAUAAUUUUUAUUUGAUGCGUACAUUUUCGACGAUAAAUUAUUCUCAGUGUACCUGCCACCUCGUUCUAACCACCAUGUAUUCACAAAUGAUCGACCACUGUAAAGGAGCAGGUUUGGCGGAAAAGAUUUUAAACGUCACCGUAGAAUACGCUUACAUAUGUAUUGAUAAUAUGAAUAUUCCUCAAGCUAUAAGGGUCCUAGAAGAAGGUCUGCAAUUACUAGAGGGUCCGAUGAAAGAUCAAAUAGAAUUGGAUUGGAUGAUAGAUUUGAGAAAAGGUAAACUGUACGCCCUGUUAGGUUAUGCCAGGAUGCAGAUCGAUGAUGACGAAGCGUACACUUAUUUCAUGGAAGCUUUGAAAUAUUAUAGUGUCACUUACCCGAAAACUAGGGGCGGCAAAAAGAUUUUGAGAGCCAUUUUCAAAUUGAAGCAACAUUUGAAAUAUUAUUUGGGUCGAACUAGGGUUUUCAAAAAAACCGACGACGACUUCGCUGAGUACAAUAACGAUGUAUCGGAAUGCUUCUAUUUCCUUUGCAAAUAUUUCACGAAGAAACGUCGUUGGCAAGAAGCAGAGCUGACAGCUAUGUGGAGCUUGUCGAAAGCUUUAAAAACCGAAACCGACUUCGAAAAAUUGUGCUUAGCGUACGGAAAUCUGAUAUUCAUACAAUCCACAUUGGGAAAUGAAAAAUUCUGUAUUUAUUUAGAAGUUUUCGCGCUUAAACUUUGUCACAGAAAAAAGACACACAUCGAAAUGGACGAACUAAAAGCACUCGCUUAUCUUUAUUAUACAAUUUAUCGCGAUAGAUUGAGACGUGCAGAAAUAGACAAAUGUCUACAGAUAGGUUACGUGGAAUGGAGAUUAGCUGCAGCAUCCAGGAGCGAAAAUUUAUUAUUUCUCACUUUACCUAUAUUGGCUUUUAUUGUUCUAAACCGGAGACAACUACCCGAGUUCGUAAAUUUGCUCGAAGAAGUUAAAGCUUUGAUAAAUCGAGAUACCGACAACUCCGAAAAAUCGUGGUAUUUCGAUUUGUGUUUGAUGGUACAUAUAGAAACAGGUCUUUCGGCUGAACCGUUUUCUAAUAUUUUGAAAUACAUGAAUGAAGAAGGCUGGGAUCCGAUAAUAAGAGAUCCGAUUGGAAAACAGCAAUUGAUUGUACUGAUUUGGUUAUGGGAAAUCAGAAACGAAAAUUGGGAAUCGGCUGUCGGUUGGCAGGAAGCUGCUUGGAAGAUUCAAUUCGAUCCCCAAAUCGAAAAUACAUUACAUUUAAUCACGGGGCUUUAUUUACUCGAAGGGUUGAUAAUCUAUUUAUCUUAUAAAAUGGAUAGGAAACAUUUGCAAGCUGUUACGAGGGCUACGAAUCGCAUAAAUGGAUUAUUUUCUUCUUUGGAAAAGUUCCAGAAAAAAUUUAAAAUGAUUUUGCCUAGAUUAUACCACAUGAAAGGUUAUUUUCGAAUAGUGAAAUACAACGACUAUAAAGGGGCGAUGAGGUAUUUGAAAAUUGGAAAGAAGUAUGCAGAAACAUGUUUUAACGAUUUAGAAAUCGGGUAUAUAAGACAUAGCGAACUGGCUUGGUUGAAGAAAUUGUCGAAAGAGGACGCGGAAUUUUGGAAGGAACACGCUUACGAAGACAACUUAAUCGACGUGCGAGAUAUGGAUUAUAUAGAUAAAUUUGUACAGUACACUUUACCGGUUCCAAUAUACGUGUAAAAAAUG